UCUCUCUCUCUCUAUUUCUUCAUUACCUCACUCUGAUAACACCUCUUCACCUCACACACACGCACGCGCUUUCGGAUCCGUCUCCUUUACCCGCCCAUUUAGAUCCGAAUCCAAUAUCAUCCUCCCGGGUCAGUCUCUUUUUCUUAAUUUCUCCUUCUUUCCAAAUUUUUAUCUUUCUCAAGCAACUGUCUCUUCUUCUUCUUCUUGGGAGAAAGAACUGAGAGAUUACAAGAUCCAUAUUGAAGAAGAAGAAGAAAUCGUAACCGUAAAAAUGCUGAAAACAAGAGCAAUGUUUCCUCUCAAGGAUCAUCAGUCUUUAGAUCAUCAACCACAAUCACAAUCUGAUCUUGUCGGCCUCAAACCGAUCACUAACCACCCACUGUCUCUCAGUCUUUUGAUCGGUCUGAACAACAACAAGUGCAUCUCAGAUUCUUCUGAUUUCGUCAGGAGUCCCAAAUCUCCUCUUGAAUUCAGGAUGUUGUCUACAAUGGCUGCUGCUGAUCCUUUUUUCCUCAGAUCAUCAUCACUCACUCCUCCUCCUCCUCAUCUUAACUGUUGUUGUCGCCCUUCUUCUGCUAAAGUUGGCUUAAGCAUUGUUGAUGAUCGUAGUUUGUUGCCUGAUGUUGUGUUUGGUCCUGCGUUGAGGAUCAAAUGUUCCAAGGUUAGGGACACCCACCACCACCGUCCCAAGUUGUUGUUCCCUGUAGCCAAGAAGAUUGAAAAGGAAAGAUCUGGUGUUGUUUUCGAAAUCGGUGAUGAUAACUCAUCUGAGGCUGAACAGAUUGGGUUGAGAAACCGUUCCUUUUCUGCUAAUGAUUGUCUGAGGAAAACCAGAGUUCUGUCUGGAUCCAAGUUGGGCGUUGAAGGGGAGAGUGGUGGUUCUUCUGACAAUGCAUUCUCCUCUUGUCUGUCUGAGGAUGACAUGGAGGAUUACACUUGCAUCAUUGCACAUGGUCCUAACCCGAAAACCACUCAUAUUUAUGGUGACCGAGUUUUAGAGUGUCACAAGAAUGAGUCCAAGGGAGAUGAUGAUGAUUCUGAUGAGAAGCAUAUCGAAACACAGUCCGAUUCCAUGCUUGCAUCUGUUAACUUCCUCAGCGUUUGUAACUUCUGCAACAAGAAACUCGAAGGUGGCGAAGACAUUUACAUGUACCGAGAGAAACCAUUUUGCAGUGCAGAGUGUCGUUCAGAGGAGAUGGUGAUAGAUGAGGACAUGGAAGAUCCGUGCAUUGUUAUGCACGAAUCUCUAAAGAAGCUCUUCUGAACAAGAAGCAGCUAAAGAUGAUGGCCAAUGGGACGAGCUUUUAUAGACCCGACCAUCGUCUUUUAACUACCUAAAGACUUAUUAUUAUGUAAUGACUAGUGUCAUGCCAAUGUUUAGGUAACAUGUGGCAUUAAACCCGUUCAUCCGUCUACAAAGAGCUGUGUUUAUGCACAUCUAUUAGCCGCUGCAGCAGCCACGGAUGGAUUGGCCGGCCUUAUUUUUGUAUAUUUUGUAAUGGGUUUCGUUUUUUUUUUCCCUUUUCUUUUGAUAUCGAAGUUGAAGGAUACUACUAGUAAGAUGUUAACUGAAUAAGUUUAGAGUGUUGGUUGCAAGAAAGGGAUUGUGUGACCACUCCAUUUGGUUUUCGAGUCUUGUUUUUGAGGAUCUUCCUAUGGCCUCUUAAGUUUGUAUGAAGAUUUUAAUUAAA